AUGGCCGGUGGUCAACACCACCACAGAACCAACCUUGAUAAGUACCACCCUGGUUACUUUGGUAAGGUCGGUAUGAGACACUUCCACCUCCAAAGAAACCACUCUUGGGCCCCUACCCUCAACCUCGACAAGCUCUGGACCCUCGUUCCUGAGGAGAAGAGAGAGAAGUACCUUGCUGCUUCCUCUUCCAGCGCUGCUCCUGUUAUCGACACAUUGGCCGCCGGUUUCGGUAAGGUCCUCGGUAAGGGUAAAUUACCUACCGUCCCUGUCAUUGUCAAGGCCAGAUACGUUUCCAAGUUGGCUGAGGAGAAGAUCAAGGCCGCUGGUGGUGUUGUUGAGCUCAUUGCUUAA